CUUUUGCGCAACGAUUUCUUUGUAUGAGUAUAUAGUUCGGAUUGUUAAAAAUGUAAAAGAUACAAUUGCUUUUUUGUUUUUUGAAAGACAGCUGCAGCUAAUUGUGUAGUACAGCGUAUUUAUUAUAUCAAUAGACAAGGUUUCAGGUUACGCUUUUUUUUAAGUUGAAUUGUGUUAAUGUGUUCGUCUUACACUUACAGGGUGUGCUUACAAAGCUUUAUUAUUCGUCAUGUCACAACUAAAACGAGACAACUCGUUUUACACCGAAUCGCGUUGAAUCUAUUUGGAAUUCACGAAAUAUCUUUAAGACUUUCGCCAGAUGUUUACUAAUCGUUUCUGAUAUACUUGGUGAGACAUAAAAUUCUAAGUUAAUUCUCCUCAGUCUUAAAACUGCUGCUACGGUUCGAAGCAGACGUGACGUAGUGACGUCAUAGUGAAUAGUUCGCUUGAGUAAGCAUGGUGGUCUGCUGUAAGCCCAGCAUUUGUUACGGACAUUCGAGGUUCACAAGGCAGCGAUAAACAAAUGCCACACGCUAGCUAUGGAGAGUGAACUUGAGCUAAUUGAAAAGUUGAAAACUCUUUGCGACCAGAAAGGUGUAGAAAAGCAGCCACAAGAAUCUGCUGUCAUUUUGCAUAAGCUCGGGAAAAUAUACAGACAGAAAAGCCCAGACAUGCUGAGCCUAAUAAGAAGCGCCGCUUUAUUUGCUGGAGCUAAGCUUCGAAAACCAGCUAACCUGGAUGAAGUUAACGAUGAUUUAAAUGAGCUGUGCUUGCAUCUACGUCAGUUGUCAGACUGUACAGAUAAAAAUGCGUCUUUGAUGGAUAUUUCUGAAGAGGUGUCGCAGAAAAUACAAAGCCUACGCAAGCAAACUGCCGUUGAAUUACAAGCAUUUUCUUGUAUUGAAAGAAUGGACACUAAAUCUUCACAAAUCUCCCUGGAGAGACAAAGAAUAUCUGCCGUUAGAAAACUGCUUGGUACAAUCACUCAAGAAUAUGUUUCUAUAAUGAGAUUUAUUGCACAAAAAGUCUUAGAUAUAAUUGGCGUGCCGCCUUAUUCGACAAAGUUCGCUAUAGUUGGAUUGGGCUCCCUUGCAAGAGGGGAAAUUACUCCAUAUUCAGAUUUCGAACACGUCAUAGUAUUAAAUGAUGACGUCAUCAAACGUGAGGGGUCAGAGACUGUCAUUCAGUUUUUUAAGUGGUUCUCUGUACUGUUUCACGUUGUAAUAAUUGGGCUCUGUGAGACCAUAAUACCUUGCGUUGCUGUGCCCACGCUUAACAACUCGUCGAGUAAACAUUCAUGGUGGUUUUACGAUGCAAAAACCCCGCGCGGUAUUGCACUCGACGGGUUUUUACCUCACGCUUGUAAACUACCGAUCGGUAGGCAGCAAGGUACCACACUUAAACCUUGGAAAACGGAACUGAUCAAACCGGUGAGCGAAAUGUUAAAAUACUUGGAAAUUGAACAAGAUUUAAAGAACGGUUAUAACCUUGCAGAUGUGCUGUCGCGGCCAUGUUUCAUAUUCGGCAGCAAAGACGUGUAUGAUAAGUAUGCCUAUAAAGCCGUUGAAAUUAGAAGGCUUAAUGACUUUAAAAACAACUUUAAGGAUUUCGAACGAAUUCUUGAACGAGAUCUCAAGUAUAAUUCCACUGAAACCCAUUUAAAAAAUGCGAUCUUUAGUGGGAAGUACGUCGUAAAACAGCUUGUGUAUCAAGGCAUCGUUCUAUUCGUUGCCGGACUAGGGCGCAUUUAUGGCGUAGAGGGACUUUCCAGCUUUCAAAUAUUGGAUGAUCUCAAUUCCCAAGGUGUACUGGACCACGAAACUAUACAUUGUCUGGAAUAUGCUGUGGCUGUCGCAUGCCAGUUACGGUUGAAAUUGUACAGCGAUCAAGGCAAACAGAAUGAUUACAUUACAGCGUUUGGUGGGCAAUUGGUUUUUGAAAAGCUCAUUUCUGCUAUUGGUCUCUACAGUCUAACUGAAUACUUCAACACAGCAAUGACUUUGCAAAAGCAACUAAAAAAUGAUUUUCGCAAACCUGUGUCCAUAAAACAUUCCUCUGCACGCCUUACUAAUGGAAUGUUAAUGCAUAAGUUUCAACGACCUUCAAGUGCUUGAGUUAAAACUUUUACUUGUACAGCUUAAAACUUGCCAAUUAAAAUCCAUGACACACACGCGGGUCUUUAAGACCCACAGCUAAAUUAUAUAUAGUAGGGUGGGGGAAGAUGGGACAUCUUUUCAAUCUAUUUUCUCGUCAAAUUUGGUAGUAAACGA